UCCGUACUGUCAAUUUGCCAAAACAAAAACAGAUAGGUAGCUCUUACUUUUGCAAAGAAUUAUGUUAGUUUUCGAUUUUAAAUCAAUCAUAUUUCUAUAAUAAACAUUAUCCUGAUUAAGAGUAUUUUCAAACAUGUCGCAAGAAAUGGAGGAUGAUAGUCUGGAAGAAAAGCCUUCAGCUUCUGUUUUCUCCCGAUUCAGAAGUCCCACAUUUAGCAAAGAGGAAGUAAAAGCAUUAAUGAAAAUAGUUGAAAAAUACAAAAGCAUAGUGUUCAACAAAGCCACUAAUGCCGCAGCUACUCGCUCCAAGGAGGUGGCAUGGCUGAAAAUAGCUAAAUUAUACAAUAAAUUGGGUUUCAAGAAUGUGAGAAGUGCAGACACUUUAAAAACUAAGUGGGAUAACUUGAAGAAGAGAAGCAAGCAUUUGUCAAGGAAUGUAAUGGAUGCUCAUAACAGUGAGUUUGAUGAGGUGACCACACAGUUUGUGACCAUGAUGUAUGAGGCAGAGAAUAAUGCUGGGGCGCUUGAGCCAGCAGAGUCAGACGGUGAAAUUGAAUUUAAAAUCCACAAACAACCUAUAGAUCAAGUGAUCUUCAAUGGAAAUGAAGACAACAAUUCAGAUGUAUCUUCUGUUGAUGGCGAUGAGAUAAAAAAUAGGAUGAACCGCUCAAGUAACUUUAGUCCAGAAGAAUGCAAUCUUCUGCUACAGUGUGUCAGACCAGAGAAGAAUAUUGUGUUGUCACAAAACACAACAUCUCGUUUUAUUAAAUUGAAAAAUCGAGCCUGGAUGCGGAUAACAAACUCAUACAACCAAUUAAGCCCUGAAAAGCGUACAGCGAAAGUGCUAAAAACAAAGUUUAUGAACAUGAAAAAGAGAGCAAAACGAAAUGAUUCAAAAAUGGAUUUCAAGGAAUUGAGCAAUGAAGACCACAGCAUUGAAAACUCUAGAACGGAAAUAAAAGUAGAGCCAUUAUUCGAGUACAGAAGCAGUUUGGAUGCGGACAUCGAUGAUGGUGACGACCGAUUAGACCACGACGAUAAGUCUAACGGUGACGUUAAUGUCACACUAGAUCCUUUGAGUACUGUCCUUAAUACUAACUCAGGUUUAAGUUCAAUAAGUCAUUCAGAAAAUAAAGAAGUUGUUAAAUUAAAAAUAGAAUUACUAAAUCAUAAAAUGGAGACUGCCAAGUUAAAAAGACAACGCCUAGAAAACUUAAUGCAAGCAGAGGCGGCUGAUAGAGAAUCAUUAGCAAUCGAGAGAUCAUUACGACUCCGAGCAGCGAGACUGGAAGCGAUAGCAGCCGAGAUGAAGCUUCCCCCCUCGCACCCCGCCCUAGCCUACACUGCAGACGAAGCGAGGGCACAACACUACAUACACCAGUAUCACGGCACAUGAAGAAGGUUAAGGUAAAUUGUAGAUGGCAGCACUAGCGUGUGAGGUUUUAUUCGUGAUGUAUAUCUCGACUGGUAAACUGAAAAUUUCUUUUUUUUUUUCUAAUUUGUUAUGAUGCAAUCUCUAAGAAGAGGGCUAGUCAAUGUUAAAACUCACUGAGAGAUAAUCUUUUGGAAUAAUAUUACUUUUCGACAAGUGACGGGAAGUAGUCUCUUAAUAUAUUUGAGUGAUAUGUUAUUUAUUGCUUGUUGAAAUGAAACUGCUCUUAACAGGCCCAGAAUUUGGUCCUCUUUUUGUAAAACCUGAUUAUUUCAGUAGAUAAAUCAUUAUAUCCAUAGAUGAGAUGAUGGGGUAAUUUACAUAGAAAGCACAGCGACCGGCGGCCUCUUUAUAUUACAAAUAUUUUUUUGAAAGCAAAGUUGAGGCAGCGGCGCCGCUUUCAGACACUGCUCUUUCAGAGAUCGAAGUAAUAAUAAUUCUGCAAUGAUUUUAUCAAUAUUUUGUUUAUUUUUUGUUGUGCAAAAUCGCAAUACCAGUUGUAAUUCUAAAAUCUUUGUUGCCAUUUAAGAAUAUGUUAUCAGAAUGCUACAAUUAUUAUUUAUGUACUUAUUAUUAUUCAUAAGUAAGAGUUUAUAAACCUUUUGAAAAGAGUUCAAUAAAAAAAACUUGGAACAAGUAAUUAUAAUAGUUAUUUAAUGAA